CUAUAGACAUUGUUAACUGUGCUCUUGAUCAAUAUGGCCGUUGUGUGGCGUUGUCUGUUGUUUGUAUCUUUAGUGCUCACAAAGUUUGUUUCCGCUUCCGUUACCAAUGCUAUACCUCAGAGAGAAGCCGGUCCCCUGUUAAGCCACACUCUGUCCGUCCUCAUGGGCCACUGGACUAUGCGAGGAUCUUAUCUAACAGCUGAGGACAAAGAAGCAGCUGUAGAUUAUGUACCACUUCAUCAGAGCAGCCCUUGUGAACCGUGUCCUGCACAGCCGAGUGCUCAGGGAUGCAAGAAGGAAUACUUGCUUGUGAAUGAACUGUCUUCGUGGUAUGAAGCCAUGGCGGGGUGCAAGAUGCGUGGACAACAGCUGGUCACCAUCAACAACAUCGAACAGUGGAAUCAGGUGCAGAGAGAAAUUACACUCAAAAAACCUGAUUACUUGACCAACGCAUAUUGGACUGCUGGGAUGAGCAUUAACAGCGGCAGUUUUGUGUGGGCCUCGACCUGGGAACCGUUCAAUUUCACCAGCUGGAGGGAUGGUGAGCCUGGGUUUCAAGGUAAAAUUAACUGUGUUGCAAUCGGCUGGCUUCAUAAACACAAAUAUGAUUGGAUUCAAAGAAACUGCAAUUAUGGAAAAUCUUUUAUUUGUGAAAAAUGUUCAAACCAGUAAAUUUUUAUAAUAAAGGUUGGUUAUAGCUAAGUUCAUAACUAAAGGAUAUUAAAACUAUAUUAUAACAAGAA